AUGGUGGAUCCUUACUGCUGCGCAUUGUUUACACGGUAUCGGGCAAAGCACAUCAUUCACCCAGGCUUCAAUUAUAACUCGCUUAAAAAUGACGUCGGACUCAUAAUGCUGAAUUCAUCAAUUUCGUUUAACUACCUCGUUCGACCCGUAGUUCUUCCUACGCUCGACUUCGACUCAAGUGGGUAUCCUGCAGUUGUGUCGGGCUGGGGUACUCUGGCAUUGAGGGGACCAUCGCCAAGGUUGUUGCGGUAUUCGAAUACUCGAUUAUUGAGUAUAAAAGACUGUUACAAUUAUUAUCGAGAUCGGAUAUCGGCGUCAAAUAUUUGCACGCUCACCAGAAGGGGUCAGGGAAAUUGCCACGGUGAUUCUGGUGGCCCCCUGGUAUCUGACGGAGUUCAGAUUGGCAUCGUGUCAUUCGGACAGCCUUGCGCGUUGGGACUUCCCGACGUUUACACGCGAGUUUGGAGUUACAUGGACUGGAUAAAGUAUCACAUACGUUGAUAUUUAGCUCAGGUAAAUCUAUUAAUCCAAUCGAGGUAACUGGAUACUCUGGUGAAUACAUCGGGAACGCCUCUUCCGCAUGGCAUACCACCGAAAGAGACAACACCAAUUUGCACACCAUCGACGACCAGUGGACCGCCAGAAUCACCCUGUAGAAAUAGACGAUUUCUCAUAUUACAUUUCAUUACUAUCAACAUUUUUUGUUUAUUCUGUAUUAACAUCAGUUAACUUACGUUGCAAGCACCUUCUCCUUUCGGCGAAUGAGUACAAAUGUUGUUCUCUACAAUGGUAACUUUUUUGUAACUCAACCAUUUUUCUGCGCAUUUGUCUUGGUCCAUGAAUUCCAAGUUAAUUUCUUGCAGAGUAACUGGCGAAGCUCCCAUGUACUGUUGACGAAUGAGAAAUUAUAUUUUUGCUCAACAAAAUAAAAUCUUCCGAGAUUUUAAACAUUUGA